CAUUUGCAAAGUCUUACAGCGUCUUCAAGAAUCAGGCUUAAGAGUAAAGAAAUGUAAAUGUGAGUGGGGACAAACACGGAUUGAGUACCUGGGUCAUGUGAUCGAUGAAAAAGGGGUGUAUCCGACAAAAGACAAGGUAAAAGCUAUUCAAGAUGCGCCAGCACCAUCAAAUGUGAAGGAACUACGAGCUUUUUUAGGUUUGGUAAAUUAUUAUGGACGCUUUGUACCACAGCAGAGCACAGUGUUGGCACCACUGUAUAGACUGUUGAAAGAACAAACUGCUUGGUGCUGGGGGAAAAAGGAACAAGGUGCUUUUAGUAGAUGUAAAGAAUUGCUCACCAGUGACAAAGUGCUAGUAUACUAUGAUCCACAACUGCCUUUGACUUUAGCAUGUGAUGCUUCCGCUUAUGGAAUUGGUGCGGUGCUUCAGCACAUCAUGCCAAAUGGUGACGAGCAUCCCAUUGCAUAUGCUUCACGUACUUUGUCCCCUGCUGAAAAGAAAUAUUCACAGAUUGAGAAGGAAGCUUUGAGUGUGAUCUAUGGAGUUAAAAAAUUCCAUCAGUAUCUUUGGGGAAGAUCUUUUAAUUUGAUAACUGAUCAUAGACCAUUAGUGACUCUGUUUGGUGAACAUAAGCAUUUCCCAAUGAUGGCUGCCGCUCGCAUUCAGCGGUGGGCGAUAAUUUUGUCGGCAUAUGAUUAUCAUAUCAUGUAUCGCAAGGCAGAAGAUCAUGGAAAUGCAGAUGGCUUGUCACGAAUUCCAUUACCUGAAAUUACCGAUGUAGGAACAGAAGCCAUUUCAGCAAAUAUCAACACACUUUUGACAAACCAUCUUCAAGAAGCUCCUCUAAAUGCAGCACAGAUUGCCAGAAUGACAAGAACAGAUCAAGAACUUUCUAAAGUGUUUCGUUAUGUCAUGGAAGGUUGGCCAAUUGAAGUGUCAGAUGAUUUGAAAGUAUUCUACGCGAAAAGAGAUGAACUGUCAGUAGAACAGGGAUGUCUGCUAUGGGGCACACGAGUGAUUGUACCAUUCAAAUUUCGAAAAUCAGUGUUACAGGAAAUUCACUCAGGACACCCUGGCAUUGUUAAAAUGAAAGCUCUGACUCGUAAAUACGUGUGGUGGCCUAAAAUUGAUACGGAUAUAGAAAGAGUUUGCAAGGAGUGUCAAAUCUGUCAACAAGAACAAAGAAUGCCAAGUCACGUCCCUCUUCAUCCUUGGGAAUUCCCGGGUGAGUGUUGGAAAAGGUUGCAUGUGGAUUUUGCUGGUCCGUUCUUGAACAACAUGUUUAUGAUCAUUGUUGAUGCUCAUUCUAAAUGGUUGGAAGUUUUUCGUAUGUCACAGAUUACUUCUCAAGCUACUAUUACCAGAUUGAAGAGAUUGUUUUCUGCAUAUGGAUUACCUGAACAAAUCGUGACUGAUAAUGCAACUACUUUUACUUCUGAUGAAUUCCAAAGAUUUGUGAAGCAGAAUGGUAUUAUGCAUACCAGAAGUGCACCAAAACACCCAGCAACAAAUGGAUUGGCAGAAAGAUAUGUCCAGACGUUCAAGAGGGAGACACAUCCGCACCAGGCUGGACUUCCUGAAACCAAACAUUCAUGAGACGGUUCGCAGAAAACAGUAUUUGCAGAAAAAUCAACAUGACUAUCGGGCAAGAGAGAGAUCCUUUGCUGUGGAUGAUUCUGUUUU